AUCAACAUCACUUUUUCAUUUGUCUUUUAUAUUAUACAAUUGUUUGUUUAUAUAUAUGAUCACUAUCACCAUUACAUCAUAUUUAAUAUAUUAUUAUUUUUUUUAAAUGAACUCAUAAAUAAAAAAUUGAAAGAAAGUCAAAUCAAAUUUUGUUUAGAGUAUAUAUAUUGUAUAUGAUUAUUAUUUUAUUUCUUUUUUUUUUUUGUAAAAAGAAAUAUAUACAUAGAUGGAAGAUGACAAAUCAUAGUGUGUAGUAUUGUCUACAUUAUACUACAUAUCUAUUAUUUAAUUUCAUUUUAUUUUAGAGUAUUGUGGUUUCUUUUUAGUUAAAUGUACAGAAAAAAAAAAUAUUGAUGUAACUAUAUGCAUUCAUAUAUUCUAUAUAUUAUUUGUAAACUUUUUUUUCGUAUUUAAAUAUUUUCCAAUAUAUAUCAUUUGUAUGCUAUUAGAUGGAACAAUCUAGUGAACAAUCUAAUGUAAAUCAAAGAGUAAGUUGGAGGAAUUUGGAUGUGGUAAAAACUUUUUUGGAGACUUGUAUUCAAGAAGUAUCUCUACAUGGAAGACUUGGAAGUAGUUUAAAGCCAGAUUCAUGGAAUAAAGUUAGACAAGUUUUGGAGACUACUCAUUCUUUCUUUGCAACACAAAAGCAAUUGAAGAAUCAUUUUGAUUAUCUAAAGGAUAAAUAUCAAACAUAGUUGCCAAUAACUAUGAAAACAGGAAAUGUUUAUGAUCCUACAACUAAUACCAUUCUUAUGUCUAAUGCCGAGUGGGAUGAGUACAUUAAGGCUCACCCAAAGGCAAAACCAUUGAAAAGUGCUCCUUUACCCUUUCCGGAUCUCUGUAAAGCGCUCUUUGAUGGUACUACUGCAACUGGAUUUUAUGGUUGGAGUCCUAGUUGUACGAUUUCUCGACCUAUGAACUCAUCUACAUCUCCUAAUAUUGAGACGGAUGCUUAUGCUGAAGAAAAUGCACCUAGUAACCAAAAUGAUGAAGCUGAUAACACUUCUCCAUCUCAAUAUUCAACUCCUUUAGGAGGACAAAAGAAGAAAAGAAAGCUUUCAUCUCAACAUGAUAUUGAUGAUAAGAUGUCUGUUGCAUUGGAGUUGUUAAUUAAAAAGAAUAGUGGUCCUGAAGUUGAGGAUUGCAUGGAAAAAUUGGAUGGACUUGGAUGGGAGGAGCCUUUGUAUAGUGCAACUAUUGGCAUACUUUGUGAAGGCGAUAGCUAUAGAAAAGCAUGGAUGAACAUGAAAGACGUCAACAUAAUGGAGAAUUGGGUUAAGGCCAUGGGAAAAAAAUUGGGAUAUUUUUGAUUUAGUUAAUUAAGAUAUAAUUAUAUAUGCUUAGAUAACUUUUAUUUGUUACAUCAUGUCAUGAACAUAUUUUUCUUUUGUGUCUCGAACUUUAUUGAUCUAUUAUAGUUAUCUAUGAAUGUUUCAUUUUAAACCCUAGUAUUGUCCUUCUAAAGUGGCUAUAAUUUUUUUAACAGAUUUAAUAUGGAAUUUGAGGAUCAACUUUUACUCUUAAUGAUUUUCUAUUGGUAUGUACGUCGUAAACGCAACUAUUUAUCUAGAGUUAAAGAUAAUACAUCAACUCUAUCUGGUGCAAGAUACACUUUGGAGUUGUUAUAUGGCUCAAAUCGACAAUGCAUAGAGUUGAUGCGGAUGUCUCGUGAUGCAUUUGUUCAUUUGUGCAAUCAUUUUAGACAGAGAGAAUGGAUUAAAGAUAGUAAGCAUGUAUCAGUUGAAGAAAAGAUAGCAAUGUUUUUAACUAUCAUAGCACAUAAUGAGCGAUUUGUUGUCAUGAAGCGAAGAUUUCAACACUCUUCACAAACUGUUCACAAAUAUUUUCACGAGGUUCUUGAAGCAAUGAUGCAUUUUCCAAAAGAGAUGAUAGUACCCACAGUUGAUCUUGAUUCCAAUAUUCCAGCUGCUCAAAAAAAUAUUAGAAAAAUUUUCAAGGUAUUGUAUUUUUAAAUCAUGAUUGUAUAAGUAAAAUAUGUGUCAUAAAAUAUUUUAACUUAUAAAUUUAUUG